CUUUCGCUCGUCUCGCCUCGUCUCCACGCCCCUCUCAUUCGCACCGCUCCCACCCACAUCCUCUUCGCCUCCCCUCCCACUCUCUCUCUCUCUCUCUCUCUCUCUCCGCACGCCUCCGCGUGGGCUUCCGCUCGGGCGGUGGUCCACCUCGCCCAGGCACAGGCAGCGGGACGCGACAUGACCGCGGCCGACGGGGAGGCCUGCGCGGUGGUCGCGACGGCCGCCGACAUCAUAUGCUCUCUCCGUGGCGCGGACCUCGCUGGCUGGACCCCGCCGUGGAGCCAGCGCCAGCACGAGCCCGAUCCCGCCCGCGACGGCGUGCAGGCGGAGGGCGGGGACGACGCGCGGGACCUGGCCUGGCCGGCGGUGGCGCGCGGGAAGCGCUCGCGGUCCCGCCGCGAGUCCCCGUCGGCCUCGGGCUCCGCUGCCUCCGCGGGCGCGACGACGACGGCGACGAAGAAGAAGACGGCGAGGCGAGGCGCCCGAGGCAGCCCCGCGUCGCCCCUCGACUACAGCGGCGCGUCCGGCUCCGGCUCCGGCGCGUCCACUAGCGGCGGCGAGGACGGCGCCUUCUGCUCCCGGCCAGACCCAGCGCUCCCUCCGGCCGCCGCGUGCCAGCAGCUCGCGGCGCCCCCGCCUCCCAGCAAGGUGGGUGGCCUCGCCGGACGGCGGACGAUCCCCGCGGUGCCAGUGCCACUGCCACCACCUCGGCCCGCCGGACAGCGGGCGCGGAAGAAGAUGAGGCUCCCGGAGAUCCAGCAGAUGGUGCGGUCGCUGUCGGUGGAGAACGACGCCCUCCGCAAGGAGAUGAGAGCGUUGCAGAGGGAUUGCACGGCGCUGUCCCAAGAGAACGGCAAGCUAGAGACAAGGCUCCAUCAGUCCAUUACGCUGAGCGAGGCGAUCUCCGUGGAGAACAAGGGGAAGCCACGCCCACUACAGCCUGAGCAGGAAGCUCCGAGCGGCUUCGUGCUCCCUGACCUCAACCUCCCGGCAGACGUCUGAUGAUGGCUGAGUUUGUCGGCGUGGCUACAGUACGUCUUCAGAUCGAACUAGCACGCUAACCUGAUGAUUAACUGUACAUAGAAGAAGCUGGGCCGGGUUCUGGAAGAUCACGCUUGCCAGGAUACUGAAGACGAACGGAGAUUAUCUUUUUUUUUGUUUCAUAUGUUGUUGACAUUUAGGGUUUAGAGCUGUCGUCGUCGUAGUCCUCCGGCCUGAAUGACGUCGUUUUUCUGUUCAGGGUGGAGGAUCGGUUUUAACGUUUAUUACCUCACGUA